GUUAAGAAUGCUUCAAUCUGUGAGCGCCAGCCCACUUUCAUAAGAGCCACUCUCUUGCACACACUCAGACGCACACACAUACACGCUUGCCAGCAGCCCAGCAAACAGGCCGACACACACAGCUCCAGUGACCAGCUGUAAGACACAGGCAGCAAAGGACACCGCCCAGCUCAGUGGUCAGGAUGGAUGUUCUGAAGAAGGGAUUCUCCAUUGCGAAGGAGGGAGUGGUAGCAGCAGCCGAGAAGACCAAGGCCGGGGUGGAGGAGGCUGCUGCCAAAACUAAAGAGGGGGUCAUGUAUGUGGGUACAAAGACAAAGGAAGGCAUGGUCUCAAGUGUGAACACAGUUGCCCAGAAGACAACUGAGCAGGCCAAUCUCGUUGGGGAGUCAGCAGUAGCCGGAGCGAACCAGGUAUCAGAGAAGGCCGUGGAGGGUCUGGAGAGCGUGGUAGCGUCGUCUGGACUGGUCAACCCGGAAUGUGGACAGGAUGAACAGCUGGACACUGAGGCAGAACUCUCCAAGACCGAAGGAGCGGCAGAGCAGCCCACAGACCCAGGACAGUAGGGUUGUUGCCUCUAGAAUCCAUGCCUCCUAAACGUGGUCUGCUGGCUGUUCAAUAUGAGUGUCCAUAUUAACUGCUGUCCACACUUUACCAUUACCUGUAUUCUGACCCCUCCAACAGCAGAGCCAAUAGUCCGUUCUGAAGCUUUUUAAUGUGACUUGAAAGACACCGUUCUAAAAGUGAUCUGUAAAGAGUGUUAUGCCUUUGGAGUUUGUGAGAAGUAUUGCCCUAUAAAGAUCAAUGUGUAGGUGAGGACUUUUGCAUUUGGCCACCUUUGCAGGUCUGUUGUGUGCACCCUCCGUGUCCCUGUCUCGUCCUCUUCAGUUGUCAGUCAUAUACAGAUGUUGAUAAUUGAACUACAGCAAGACACAACCAAGAUCUCCAAACCAAACUAGCUCUGAGGCCUCUACCUGUCCCACUUCAUCUUAUGUGAAAGUGUGGUCUUAAAUGACCAACUCUUAGAGAUCUGUCCUUCAUACUCAUGUAUCAACAUAGACACACACACACACACCACACACAAAAAGACUAACUUUCCUACUGAUUCGUGCAUUAUUAUAACACCUGUGUUUAUUAUUAGCUUAAGCUUAAGAGCCUGUGUGUUGUACUAACUCUGUGUUCUAGAGCCUGACACCAUAGAGAAAGAUGAGGUUAAUUUUAUUCCAAGCAGUUUUGGAGCAUUUCUAUUGGGCAGUUUGAUCAAUUUUUUAUUUUUUUUUAAAACAGUGAUGGUAAUGCUGCCAUGACUUCGUUCAGUAACAUAACAGUGUAAUGUUGUCAUUACUUGUAACUGUCUCAGCCAAUGCCAUAAUGUCUGUUGCCAUGACAACUUGUGUCACAUGCAGAUUUUUACUGUGUACUCUAGUUAGCCAAAUAUGUGUAAGCCAUCAAGAGGGGGAUUCUAUUGGUUUUUCCAAAAAUGUCUGCAUAAGUAAGUUACUGAGAUGUAAACAAAGUCAUUCAGAGUGGUUUGAUGUGAAAUUCUCCGCUCUAGAGAAACUUAGUGAGGCAGAAUUGUUCACAGUGGUAGUAAGAGGAACCGGACGUCUGAGGACAUUGUUUAAUGCCUGUAAAUGCUCCCUCACAGACAGCUUUUGAAUGGUAGGGUUAUGAAUACGCUGCCUGAUGCCUGAGACAUUGUUUUAGGCAUUCUAAGGCAAAAUACUCCCCAAAGAAAAUUUCCUUUUUUCAGAUUUGCCACUAUUUUACCAUUAUCAGCAUCACAUAAAAACCUACGACACAUCUGAGUUCACGGGUGGUUUUGGAUAGUAAAUAAAAUGUCUGUAUUUGUGAUAAAGUCAAUGUGACACCUGGUUCCUAUUAGCACCACUGAGUCUGUAAGCUUGUCUACAACUACACUCUUCAUAUCAAACCUCUCCGAAUGACUCUGUUCACAUCUCAGUGCUUGAAUUACACAGAAAAUUUUAAAAAUCAGUAGAAAUUCCCUUUAAUGAUAACAGAAAACUGGUCUGUUACUGAACAUAAUCUCAUUUUAUGACAGCAUAUUGCAUCUGAAAUCACAUGUUAAUAGCAUGGUUAUGUCAGUUUUAUGCAGCAGAGUUCAAGUAAACAGCUACCAAAAUAUGACAUCAGGCUUUUGGACCGAAGCCUAAAUGAAGGUACAGAAACAUUCCAGUUAUAAUGGCAUCGCAGUCUUCUCCUUUGAAGUAACUAAUACACUCACAGUGUUUUUCUGACUGCACAGACCCUGAGACUGGACCGGAACAAUGGGGAGAGUGUGUAAAACACUGAUAAUGAUGGGCUCCGUCUGUUGUAGCUGCCCUAGAACAAGUGAUGCUAUUGAGUUGGGUUGACAAUGAUCAGUAUUAUCUGUAAUUCCUGUCUGUUUUUUUUUUUUAAGUACAAUUUUACUCUGGCUCCCUAAGCUACUCAACUUACUAAAUGACUAAACAGCCCGCUAGCCCUUCUGCUUCUGGAGACAGAAAGAGAUGAAAUAGUGAGAAUGAGCGAGUUGUGCAGAAGCCAUGCAUGUUGCCUUAGACACCACACACAAACUGAUCAUGACUGCAGUGACUCACCAUCUGUAAACUCACCUUGAGGCUGUCUUUUUGUUUUCUAUGAAUUCUGCGGCUCGAAUAAAUGUUUUGUUAAAAACCAAAA